AUGGUUCGAGUUAAUACUUUAUUAUUGGUUUAUGCGGGAUUUCUAUAUCAUAUAAAGAUUGUGUCUUCAAUUGUGUUAGAUCUAAAUGACAUCGUCAAUUCAGGUCUCAAGAUACAUGAAGAUUCCCAAGAUGGAAUAGUUACCACAAAAAUAUACUCUACACCAGAAAAAAAGAUAACUAAAAUACUUAAUGGUAAAGCAUUAGUUUGGAUGGCAUUACCAGGUGAAUAUGUUAAAUGUGUUAAUAUCUUUAUGUUUGAAUCGAAUAAUGAUGUUUUUUUAUCAUUUGAUGUUCACAAUCCAAUCAUAAAUAAGACCUUUUAUCUACAUAAAUAUUAUAACCAUUAUAAAUUUGUUCGUCAAAUAACUUUUGCAAAUAAAAUUAAAAAACUUCGUAAAAGAUCAAAGAGAAUGCUUAGGAAACGUAAACUGGAAGAUGAUGUUGAUGAAAAUGAAUCACAAUUAGAACAUAUUUCAACUGGGGGUUUGAUAUCAAGUGAAGACGAGUUUGAUCAAGAUAAUAUUAAAUUACAAAUUUCAUCAGAUGAAGAACAAUUAGAUCCAGAAACAAUUCAUUUUGAAAUUUCAUCAGAUGAUGAACCAGAAAUAGAACCAGAAACUAUUACAGUGGAAAUAGAGUCAGAUGAUGAUGAACGUGAGGAAGAACUCACGAAACCAGAUAGAAUAGAACAGGUAAUGGAUAAAUUAAAGAAGAUGAUAAAACAAAGAAUAAAAGAAAAGUCUAAACAAUCACAACCUAGUGAAUCAGUACCAAGUGAAGAAUCAAAACCUAGUGAAUCAGAAACAACUAAACAACCAGAACAUACAUCAGAAACAACUAAACAAACUGAACAAACAGAAACUACAGAUGAACGAGAAUUACAACCAGAAACUAUUCCAGUUGAAGUUGAGUCAGAUGAUGAACAUGAGGAUAUUGAUCUGGAACAAGAGUUAUUAAAUGAACCACUAUUUGGAGAAGAUGUUGAGAAAUUGUUAGAACGUGAACUUGACAGAACUGGUCUAUCAACAAAUGAACUUGAUUCAGUAUUUGAAGAGAAAUCUAAAGAAGAUGACAAUUAG